UUGACAUUCGACCCGAAUUUACAUCGUAGUUCUGAUAGUAAUAAUACACUACAAUAAGCAUAAAGAUUUCGUUUUAUACGUCGGUUUUAAUAAAAUUAUACAGUUUGGAAUGCCCAAAGUACGCCGUAGCCGGAAACAACCCCCGGAAGGAUGGGAACUAAUAGAACCCACGCUCGAAGAACUGGAACAAAAAAUGCGAGAAGCCGAAACUGAGCCACACGAAGGAAAACGUAUCACCGAAUCGUUGUGGCCAAUCUUUAAAAUCCACCAUCAGAAGUCUCGUUACAUAUACGACUUAUUCUAUCGAAGGAAAGCCAUUAGCCGGGAGUUAUACGAGUACUGUUUGAAGGAGAAGAUUGCUGACGGUAAUCUGAUUGCGAAAUGGAAAAAAUCCGGUUAUGAGAAUCUAUGCUGCUUGCGGUGUAUCCAAACGCGGGACACCAAUUUCGGUACGAACUGCAUUUGUCGUGUUCCUAAGUCCAAAUUGGAGGAAGGCCGAGUAGUGGAGUGCGUGCACUGCGGCUGCCGAGGUUGCUCCGGUUAGAUGUUCCACUAUUAUUAUGGUUUAUAUUUUACACUUCGACGAUUUGUGUGUGCGAGGACUGAUAUUUGAGUAUAAAUAGAAAGUAUGAAUUGUCUUGA